AUGUUCAUCUACAUCAAACACGGGGAUGGGCAGAGCUUCCUGGCGAACACCAGCUGCGCCGUCCUGCCGCUGCUCUCCUACGUGAGGAGGAUGGUGGGGGUCCCUGAAGACGAUGUUGUUGACCUGUGCGACGAGCUGGGCACCCCCAAGCUGCUCUUCCAAGUGACCAGCCCGAGCAAGAUGGUCAGCGAGUUCCUGCAGGAACGCGGCACCCACUACGUGUGCAGGGUGGAGCUGGGAGCACCCGGGACCGAGGAGGAGCACGAGCGCUGGUCCUUCACCCCCCUCCUGGAGCACCCCAGCGCGGCGCUGACAGGUGCCCUGCAGCUGCAGGACAAGCACCCGCGCCGGAGGCAGGCGGGCGCCCUGAAGAUGCCAGAGGCGAGUAGGACGCCUGGCAUGGAGACGCUGCUCUCGGCGGCACAGGGCCAAGGAGAGGGCAAGGCGCUGGGGCAAGGCACCGGCACAGAGCGCACCAAGGGGACCCGGCGCAAGGCGACUUCACCCUCCCGAGCGGGGCCGGGGCCGGGCCAGCGGGACCCGCAGUGA